UAAAAUGCCUCUGGUAAAUGAACGUCCUUCUGUAGCGCACCGGCUGGAGCGCCCACUGAGAAUUCUUUGGCUCCCCUCUUCCUCCCUCUCACCCUCCCCGGCCUCACCACAGACGUUGCUCUCCUAGCGCUAGCGUGAGCUUGAGUUGAUAGAGCAGAACGCAUUUCUAAACGGAAUACUGAGGAAUACCGAUAUCCACUUGAUCCCACUGUGAAGCAUUCUUGAAAACACCCGGAAAACAUCGGCAGAGUAUUGUGUGGCUGUAUUUAAGACAACUCUGAAACUGCACGGCAACAGACAGCACCACUGAAGGAACACUGUCAGCAACCUGAUCAUGAUUCUUCCUCCCAUUUAUGGGGCCAUCCAGACGAUUCGUGAUGGCCUUGAGCUUCGCUAUAUCUGCUCUUUCCUCGGACUUGCAGCUGUUGGUGUUGGUUCCUGGUGCUUCCACAUGACACUGCUAUAUGAGAUGCAGUUACUGGACGAGUUGCCGAUGAUUUACAGUACAUGCGUCUUUGUCUACUGCCUAUACGAGUGUUUCAAACAAGAGAAGGGCAUCAGCUUAUUUCCUAUUGCAUUAUUAUUCAUCUUUAGUGUCUCAGUCACUGUGGUAUACUUACAGUGGAAGGAGCCAGUAUUUCACCAGGUCAUGUAUGGUGCUCUAGUAGCUUGCCUAGUGAUGCGAUCUGUCUUCAUUGUUACAUGGGUGUACCCAUGGCUCAGACCGCUGUGUUACACCUCCUUAGGAGUCUUUAUGUUAGGGUUCCUACUUUGGAACAUUGACAAUAUCUUCUGUGACAUAUUAAGAGCCAGAAGGCAAACACUACCCCCUGGUGUUGGAGUAGUCACACAGUUCCAUGCCUGGUGGCACAUCUUUACAGGCCUUGGAUCCUACCUGCACAUACUUCUCAGCCAGCAGAUCAGGUCAACCUACCUCAAGUACAGACCAAAUGUAAAGUUUCUUUGUGGAGUUUGGCCCACGUUGCACAUUGAACCACAGAAGACAAGUUGAAAUGAAAUGGAAGGGGAUCAACUGAAGAAUGAUGACUGCCAUAUCCAGACACCUUCGGCACAGGGACCUGCCAGUGCCCGCUGCUGAGAACUCCACACAGCUAGGGGACAGGUAGACCCCAAGGUACCACCCCAGGGACCCUUUGCUUCUGCUGGGAUUUUUUUUUCAUAAGUCAUUAUUUGUUAGAACUGGGUUCUGUGAUCUUAUUCAGGUGUAAUAAAUUCAUUUGCUUGUUCAUUUUCAAUGCAAACAUUACGUGUGAUCUGCUGCAGUGGUAAAUGUUGAGGGGAGUUUUGGUGUUAUUUUAAUUACGGUUUGGGAAAAGGGAAAACAGUGUCAUUCAAAAUUUACAUCAGAAUAUUUUUUUGUUAUGAUUCUUCUUCUGUAGGUAUUCAAAUCUCUUCCUGAACUAAAAUACAACUAAGAUUCUUAUUUAUGUGUAGUUUUACAAGUUGCCGAGGGAGCUCUACUUAUGACAUAGUGUUGUCAUAUCCCAUUUCAAGGAGUAUUGUCUUGUUUUUGGGACAGAAACUGCCAACUUGAAAGGGAAAGUGAUACUGUGAUAUUGUGGCUCAGCUGUCUUGACCAGGAGAUCCUCCUUCAUUUCCUUGGCCACAGGCUUCAUUUUUACUUGAAAUUUUCCUAUCAAAACAUGCCAAGACUGGAAUGAAAAUUCCUUUGUUUUUUCCUUUGCCAAAGUUGUUCUGGGAUUUAAAACAGUCAUGUAAUUUGAGAGACAUGCUAAAGCCUUUUCUUGUUGUAUUCAAGAAAGAGAUGCAAUUCUCAUGGUUUUGUUACACAUCAUCAUACGGAAUUUACGGACAGUGAAACACUUUCACAUUCUUUAAAGUGAUACUGCACACAAAUUUGUGCUCUCUGAAGGACUAAAAUUUUACAGCCACCCCUCAAGCCCACAGGGGUUGAGUACUGGGUUGUAUAAGACUCACAAUGAGCCUCCCGCGGUGUGUGUUGUGUUAAGAAACCUGUUUGUUGGGGUGUGACUAACAUCUGCAUGGUCUGAUCAAAUACUGUAAAUGUGCAGAAACGUCAAUAGAAAUGCAUCAGCUCCACUACAGAUAAUUGAAACCCAGCGAAUGAAGCCAGCUAGAAAGACAACCUGUUUAAGAGGAAGAUUUCCUAUUUCUAAUUGUUAAUAUUCAAUCAAAGGACCAAGCAAAUAAAUGGGACAUGUCUGAAUGAUUGCAUCUUCAUGAGCUGCAGGAAAUGGGCUACCAGACACAAACAUUUCUGCCUCCUGCCUUCAUAACAUCAAAUCUCUUCAAGACUUGCUGUUCUGUGAGAAAAAAGAAAUGGAGGUGAAGGUCCUUCCCUUCUUGUCAGAAAAGUACUUCAUUAAAGACGUGUUGACAUUGUUUUAUCUACAGGUAAUGAAGACUUAAACAUAUCCAACAAUACUACUACAUUUAAUGUAUUACACUCUUAUUUAUUAGUCCUUUUCUGGUCUAUUUAUUCACAUCAUUGCAUCCAGGUGAAGAGUCCAGCGGCACACAUGCACACUGAUGGGGAAUAUCUUUGUAAAACAGUUUAUGAUCCAACCACUAGGUGGCAUACUUUUCCAGCUUAUUUCAGACAUUGUCAAACAUUCCAUUGUACAUGGAGGAACUACUGUAAACCCACUGUAGAACUCUUUGAAUCUUUGACUCAGUUUUCAUGUACUGCAUCUGUGGUGUGAAAUGAAGGGCUUUGCAUUUAACAUGUUUAUUUUGCUGCUGUGAAAUCAUGGAUAUGGAAGUGAAACAAUAGAACCUGGAGCUUGAAGUAACUGUUGGAAGAUGCACAACAUCUUUGUUGUAUGGAGAUAUUUGUAUUUGUGUGGCCUCCUAAACUGCUGUGUGCUGGGAUAUCUCCAGACAACAUGAUACAUUCAUAUUCUAUUAUGCUUACAUGCUGUGUGACUAACCCUUAUAUGUUUGGGUAUAACAAUGUGAACCCAGUGUUACAAACAUUCAUAAGCACAAUGUAUGAAAAAUAACUAUUGUCCAAAUGUCUGUGUGGAAUCUUUAAUGUACAUUACUGUCUUGAAAUGGCUGCUCAUCAGUAAAGGUGAGCAGUUGUCAAAGAGGGUGCCUUAUUGUUGUAGUCCAAGUGAUCCAAGUUGCCUUGAUGUGCAUGCUAAACAAACCAUUUAACUGUCCCUUGUGUGCCCGUCCUCUGGUUCCAAGCAGUUUUGACAUCAGGACAAACACUAUCGGCUUUAAAUGCAAAGCUGGUACCUGAUUCUUUGGCCUCUUAUUCAUUUCAUGUGUCCAACGUUUUUAGUUACAGGUUGUUCUAAUGAUGUUAACUGUAGCUGUAAGUGAAAAAAAUGUAUGUGUUGAGGCCAGAGGAGCAAACUCUGCUCUUCUGGCCUCUAUCAUCAAGUCUAUCAAACGCUGUGAUUUUUGUUGAACUUCAUGUGCCAGUCUUUACUGAUGCCCUGCAUAAUCAAAUAAAAGCAAAUGUGUCAGACAGUUUGAUUACCUAAGAA